AUGGGAUCGUCCUUCUCGAGCCUAAACAACGAUACUAACGGUUCGGCAAUCGGACCUAGCCUCGGCGACAUACCGGAGAGCUGCGUCGCCUGCGUGAUUCUUCACCUGACGCCGCCGGAGAUUUGCAAUCUCGCUCGCCUCAAUCGAGCAUUCCGUGGCGCGGCCUCGUCGGAUUCUGUGUGGGAGAAGAAGCUGCCGCUUAAUUACCGGGAUCUGCUUCAUCUAUUGCCGCCGGAGAGGUAUCAGAGUCUCUCGAAGAAGGAUAUAUUCGCCUUGCUCUCUCGUCCCGUCUCUUUCGACGAUGGUAAUAAGGAAGUGUGGAUCGAUAGAAUGACAGGAUUGGUUUGUAUGGCGAUUUCGGCAAGAGGAAUGGCUAUAACUGGAAUCGAAGAUCGCAGAUACUGGAAUUGGAUUGCUACAGAAGAAUCAAGGUUCCAUGUUGUAGCUUACUUACAGCAGAUUUGGUGGUUUGAAGUAGAUGGGGUGGUGAGAUUCAAUCUUCCACCUGGUAAAUACUGUCUAUCAUUCAGAAUACACCUCGGGAGAUUCUCGAAAAGGUUGGGAAGACGGGUUUGCCAUUUCGAGCACACGCAUGGUUGGGAGCUAAAGCCGGUUAGGUUUUCACUCUCAACUUCAGACGGGCAAGAGGCGUCAUGUGAAUAUUACUUGGCUGAUAAAGAAGGAGAGCAAACGAGUGGGGAACACAAAGGAGGAGGAGGAGGAUUGUGGAGAGACUAUAAGGUUGGAGAGUUUGUUGUUGGUUGCUCGGAACCAUCAACGGAAGUCCGGUGGUCGAUGAAGCAGAUCGACUGCACACAUUCAAAAGGCGGGAUCUGUGUGGAUUCUGUCUUCAUCAUCCCAAUGGAUGUGAAGCAACGCAAGAAAAGGAAAGCUGCUGUGAAAUGA